AUGAAUGAAAUUCACUCAAAGCUGCCCAAUGAAGCCAUUCCAAUGAUAGAGAUGGAGUUUGCAUCAGAGAAUAUAGCUUAUGAUUUCUACAACAUAUAUUCUAGAGCUAUUGGAUUUGGAAUUCGGUUAAGUAAAUUUCAUAGAGAUGACAACACUGGUACUAUUCUAGAUAGGAUCAUUUGUUGUUCUUUUAAAGGUUCAAGGGGAAAAGAUAAAAGGGCCCCUUAUGUGAAGAAAAAUCGAGCUUUGACACGAGUUGGAUGCUCUGCAAUGAUAAAAGUAAGCUCCCGAAUUAAUGGACUAUUUCGUAUCAUUAAAUUCGAACCACAACACAAUCAUGUUCUGUCAACACCAUCAAAGACUCAUCUAUUUCGUUCACAUAAAAGUAUCAACUCAUCUCAAGCUAGUGAACUUGAUACGUCAUGCUCUUAUGGCAUUGCACCAAAAGCAAGUAUGGAGUUGAUGAGUAGAAGGGCUGGUGGGAGAGAUAAUCUUGGUUUUCUGCGUGUAGAUUGUAAUAAUUAUUUGAGGAAGAAAAGAGAGAAAGAAAUGAAAGUUGGAGAUACCGGUGGGGUUUUAGAGUACUUGCAACGCAAGCAAACUGAUGAUCCGAAGUUUUUUUAUGCCAUACAAGUUGAUGUGGAUGAUCUCAUCACAAAUAUUUUUUGGGCUGAUGCAAGAAUGAUGUCUGAUUAUGACUAUUUUGGUGAUGUAGUAUGUUUUGAUAUUACUUGCAAAAAACAGAAAGAUGGUCGUCCAUUUGCUAUGUUUGUUGGAGUUAAUCAUCAUAAACAAACCAUUAUUUUUGGGGUAGCUUUAUUGUAUGACGAGACAACAAAAACUUUCAAUUGGAUAUUUGACACAUUUGUGAAGGCAAUGCAUGGAAAGAAGCCUAAAACUAUUCUGACCGAUCAAGAUCAAGCAAUGGCAAAUGCAUUAUCUACAAAAUGGCCGGAAACUUAUCAUCGACUAUGUGUCUGGCACAUGUACCAGAAUGCUGCAAAACAUCUUCACCAUGUAUUUGAGAAAUUUAAGGAUUUUGCUAAAUAUUUUAGUAGUUGUGUUUAUGAUUAUGAUGAUGAAGCAGAUUUUAUAGAUGCUUGGGACAAUAUGUUAGUUAAAUACGAUCUGGUUGGCAAUAGUUGGUUGGAAUGGGUGUAUAAUUUGAGAGAGAAGUGGGCACUAGUUUAUGGGAGACAGACAUUCUGUGCUGACAUGAGUACAACACAACGUAGCGAAAGUAUGAAUGCUCAAUUACGGAGUGAUAGGCGUUAUGAAGAAAGUGUGGCAGAUUUCAAGACUAAACAUAGUUCUCCAGCUUUACCAUAUCCAGUUCGAAUUUUAAAACAUGCAUCAAUUAUUUACACUGCCGAAGUGUUUGAGUUAUUCCAAUGUCAAAUUUGGAAAGCAUGGGAUUGUAUAAUAGAAGAAGAGGAGGUUGUUGGCACAACUUAUAGGUAUAAAGUUUAUCCUCCAAGGAAAAAGAUUGAUCAUUUUGUUACAUAUAACCCAGAAAAUGAUACUAUUUCAUGUAGCUGUAGAAAAUUUGAGUUUGUAGGGAUACUUUGUUCACAUGCAUUGAAGCAUAAGCUGUCUACUCGACAAGUAGAUGAAAAAAUAUGUUCGAGGAUACGAUUUCAAGAAUUGGGUAAAUUAUUUACCCACUUUGCAGGAGUUGCAGCUCAAAGUGAAGAUACUUACAAAUGGGCUUUAGAUGUACACCAAAAGUCAUUAGCGGAAGUAGAAGCACGUCUAAAGAAAUUGAUAUGUGGAGAAGAGGAUGAUAAUGAGGAAGAGAGUUUAGAUUGUGAAGAAAAUGUUAAUGUAGAGCUGCAAUGUGAUACCUUAACAGUGAAAGGAAUAAAAAUGAGAGGCAGUAGUCCUGGGAGUAGGGGGCGUGGAAGAGGUAAUGGCUCCAAUAAUGGUUCUACUCGUUGCAAGAGUUCCUUAGAAAAAGGUCGUACUCGCAAAAAACAUUGCACAAAUGAUCAGGUCAGCAAAACAACUUUUUCAGAAAUGAAUUAUACUCCUACUUCUGAGAGGCAAAUGGAUUAUACCAUCCCAUUGUCAAAUAAUUACCCUAUAGCACAUUUCAGUUAUACUACUCCUUUCUUCUACGAAGAUGUUGAUACUGUUGACCUUGGCUCAGGAAGUUUAACUCAACUCCUAAAUGAUGAUGAAUCACACGUUCCAUGA